AUGGCUGAACUUAUAGCAAAAUUCCGAAACAAUGCAGAACGUAUUAAAUCACGAGGUGACAAAGUUAGUUAUAUGACAACAUUCCAGAAAUUAUUGGAUGAUGCAAGCAAAUAUAAAAUUGAUCUAUAUCAUUCUGAAAUUGACAACAUUAUAGAUCCAAUUAUAAAAGAUGUUACAUGCAGAGUACUGGUAAAGGCACUUUCAAUUGCAGCAAAUGCUUUUGGUUUUAUUGAUCACAUGUCCAGAGAUAUCCAACGGAACAAAGAUCUUCUUUCUCUUUCAUUAAAGGUCCACUAUAAAGACUAUUAUGAAAUAAUGACAAAUAUGAGGACAUCUAAAAAGAAAAUUGCCUCAGAAAAUCUUUUGACUCGAGAUCAAAUGAUUGAAGAAUGCAAGCAGAACUUCAAGUUAUUUGAAAGUUUAAUAGAAAAUGAUCAAUUUGAACCGUUUGUUUUCCUUUCCCAAUUAAAUGGAUCAGAAACCAGAAUUAUAUAUACUAGAAAGAAUAGUUGCAGACUUGUUAUUGUUUUCUAUCAAAAGGGAACCAAUAUUGUACCAUUAUGUUAUUACGUAGUUGAAGGCGGUGCAGGAGCUCUAGUAGACUGCGAAAAACCAGAGGUCGUCCCUAGGAAUAGUGUCAAACAUGUGUUCCCUCAGAUUAAUGAUAUUAAUUUGAAUGAUUGGUUUUCACUCAAGUGCAAUUUAGAUAAUUUCAUUAUUGGGUAA